AUGAGGGGCCUCAUAACCCAUGCACCUGAGUUCUUCAAAACACAACUCGAGAACUUGGACCUGGUCAACCGAUUCUGCAAAACCCUGGAGCUGAAGAUUUCUGAAAGUCUCAAGGCUGGAACUUCGAAUGUCAUACUUUUAGAUGAGCCAUCCGCUGCACCUGCUAGGGACUUGAUCCCCCGGAGUUCUGCGACAUGCCCUGAAGAGCCAAACCACCAAACACCAAUCGAAUCCCUUGAGAACUCCUUCCAAGCAGCCAAGAUCUCAGCAGAUUUGUCCAACCAGCCCGAGAAUCCAUCCCUCUCCCCUGAUACAGACCACUUGGCCCAGGUUCAUUCUGCAGCACCCAACCAACCACCUGGAACUAUUGAAACCAUUCCCACCAGGCAAAUCCCCAAUCACUCACCUCUAUCUGCAUCACCUUCUCCUGCACGUACCAAACCCAAGAAAAAAUCACCAAGGAAACGCAAGUCCAGCAUCCAAGACAAUACUGCUCCGAAGGAGAAGAGAACUCGUAGGCCAUUGACAUACUUUGAGAAAGAAGAGCGUGCAAGGAAGGCUGCACAGAGGAAAGACCAGAGACUUUCUAGUGUCCAUGCUGAAGUUAUGUGCCCAGCAGACUUGAUGGACAAGUUUUGGGAGAAAACCAAGUGUGAUGAGGCUCGAGAAGAACACAAACAGAUGCUAAUUAAAUCACGAAACCCCAGGUGGGACUAUGGGCCACCUUUAAUGUCUUUGGUAAUCGAUAUGAUCGAGUGGUUUGCCGAUGACACCUAUGCGGACUCGUUUUAUACCAAUCUUGAUCUGUUCACUCCAUCUGCUGAGGCAAUGGAGGCUUUCAGAGCUGUUUUAAAUCCUGCCUUCAAACAUUGUAUAGCCCAAAGCCCCUGUCUCCUCCAGGUUGAUUCUAGGGACCCAUUCUUCCAGAAAAAUGUCCUGAGAUUGGAAUCAAUUUCCAAUGCAUUUAUCUCCACCGACUCAAUCAAAGCCUACUCGUGGCAGGCGCUUUACGGCAUGAUGAUUAGGACUGAUCAUAAUAGUCCUUACACAAACGAUGAAUUCACCAAGGCUGGACUCGAAUCGGCAAUUGAUAAACUAUUGGGCUUGGCAGUAAUGUGUUACUAUAACUUGGACCAUUACAUGCUUCGUACCAAUAAUACCAAUUCCGAACAUCCUCUCGCUGAAGACCACUCCAUCGUCAUAGCCGGUCAUUACAUUAUUUCAAAGAUAAGGGCAAUCAAGACUUCCUCCGACACUCCUGCGAAUACAACCGUUGCCAACAAUAAAAAUGGCCUCCUCAUACUCCAGAAGAGGAUCUGGGAGACACUACUUUGCUGCCUCAUGAUGCAACAGUCAAAAUUAUCUACGGACCAAAGCAUACCUUCAAAGAGCUCCGAUAAGAACCAAGGACGGAGCCUAUUCCAGGUGGGGGAUGUCAAAGAUCCCAAGUCACAGGAGGAAAUGAAAGAAUGGGGAAAAAUACGACUCUCAGCUUUUGGAUCGAUGGCUGUUUUUUUCCUCUACGGGACGGCCGGUUGGUGGCAUUGUCUGGUGAAUUCAAACCAGUUCAACCAGAAAGACGUUUGGGCGAUCACUCAGCUUGCCCACGCCAAGACAGACUUCCUCUACAACCAUGGGCAGGAUGACGACAGGGAAGCCAAAGAUAUCCCCUGGUAUACAAUGGACAGCUUUGUACGAUGGCUCUUGCGUGAAAGUGGGGAUGCAUUCAAGGAAACCCUGCAAAAUUAA